AUAUAUAAUUUUGGACGUGCUUAGUUAAUGACCGAUUCGUCUGCUUUUCUAAACAAUCCUUGCUGCUAGUGGGAAUUGUGGCGUUGAAUCAAUUUUUCUCGUUCAUUGUGUACUCUCAGACUCCAUCUCAACAUGGUUUGCUUGGCUUGUUUGUUGCCCCUCUUUCUGGUUCCGAUAGUUAACAUUCUUCCUCUUCUCUUCGAUUUUAUCAUGGGAAAGAUCUAUGGAGUUUUUGGUUGGGAGUAUAGGAAACCAGAGAGGGUUCCUCCUGCAUGUCCAUACAAACCUCCAACCUCUUCUGUUAAUAAGGUAAGUGAGUGCGUAAUGUUAAUUGUUAAUAGCAAAAUGUAAUUUCUAUGCGUUGUC